UUUACUUUGCCUUUAAGAUUUAUCAUAAAUAUGUUGAACCAUUUAUAAACAAACCAUGGCUGAAGUCCAUAUUAUUGGUCAGUUAACUGGGGCGAGUGAAUUUCCAGAUCAUAGACUUUUCUGCAAAUGGGGAAUUCACGCAGGAGGUGCCUGGAAGUUGAUAGCAGGUUCAAAAGAUGGACAAACUCAAGUAGACAAUCCACAAAAUGAAGAGUUCGCUGCAUUUUGUCAUCCAAUAGACUUGCAUUACGCAACUAAAGGACUUCAGGGCUGGCCACGUCUACAUGUGCAGAUUUGGCACCAUGAUGCAUUUGGGAGAAACGAGCUAUAUGCUUAUGGAUUUGUUCACAUUCCGUCGUCUCCAGGACCACAUGAAGUUGAGUGCAUGACAUGGAAACCCAAUGGAACAUUUAAAGAAGAAUUGAUGCAAUAUUUUGUUGGCGGAUGCCCACAAUUGAAAAAUCCAGAAUUAAUAUACAGUGGUGCAGACAGGUAUAAAUUGCAUACAACUGCUAUGGGAAAGGUUCAUGCACAACUGAAUGUAAUACUGAGAAAUUUUGACAAAUUUGGCAUUGAAAGUUAGCUAUAUGUAGCGUUUUCAAGAUAUUUUUGUGACAUAUUAUUGUUUCUGAACCAAUACUCAUACUGUGAGAAGUGUAAGAUGGUAUUGAAAGAGGAUGUUGAAUUAGUUGUAUUCUAUUGAAUGAUUUCUUAAACAUAUCUGAGAAUAAUGUAGAAAAUCAACAUUCAUAUUUCUGCGAUAUUACAUCCCCCAAUUCAUUUUGAAAUAUUUUUGAAUUUCUAUUUUGAAUAGUAGAAAAUGGUUCGGUUUGACCACUAAUAGAUAUAUUCAUGAUGGCACUUUUCGCAAUAAUGUUUAAUCUUCAAAUUAUCCAUUAUAAAUUGAUAAUAAGAGCGGAGGAUUUAUAUAAUUUUGAGCAAGGUUGCAAAUGUGGAUUUCAUGUUUUCAAUGUUUAUACUGUUGUAGUAAAUAUAUAUCUGUUAAAAUUGUAUAUUAAUAAAUAUGACUUACUGUAUAUUGUAGGAAAUGUUUCAGCUGGUGGGCGACUUAUCUAUAUCAAUUAUGAUAUUUUUCAUUAGCAUUCUUAUACCAAUAAAAGUUACAUUAUUGAUGAAAAGGGCCUGCGAUUACUGAUGCUCCUCAAAACAGUUUUGAAAUAUAUAAACUACAUAUCAUAAAAACACUUCAUUAGCAAGUGGACGUUGACUCAAAUAUAUUCCUUUGAAAUGAACCAUGGCAAAUUUUCCGAUUUGUCAGAUAUAACCAGAGUUUGAAACGUCUCUAAUAAUACACAAUGAAAACUGUAGCUCGACCAUGACAC